GCGGAGGAUAUUAUUGUCGCGAGACCCGACUAUCAAGCGGAGUUAAGGUGCACUGGCUGCAGGUGCUUACUAAAAAGUGGUCUCCAUUUCACUCUACCAUCUAGGAUAUAUUGAUAUGCCGUGAGCUGCAACUUGUUCUUUUAAUAAUCUCCAUCUUGCCCAUCGAUUAUCUCUAAGCACUCAGCGAGGACCACCUGGCAACUCGCCCUUUCCACCCAACCCUCUCGACGGAACGACAGCCCUUACCAGCUGGGAAAAAAGUCAAUCGGGCAGCUGUCGUUCAGUCCCUAGUGUAACAUCGAAUGGUCCGAAAGCCCUAGCCUGGGAAUCAUUUGUGUCAAUCAGCCCUUGGCUUCACUCAGCUUGCGGUCCAGUCAUCGCGGUCAACUCAACUUUAUUACUACUAUCAGCAGUGUCCAACCACUAUGUCUAACCAACCCAUUGCUAUUCCAAUGGAUAUGGAGGGAACUUUAGAGUAUACCCCCUCCCGCCAUUCACAAGAAACGCAUCAUAAAAGCCAGUAUGUGUUCAAGCGGCAGAAGAAGGAAAUGCCUCUCCCAAGUAAGCGAAUGGCUAUUACCAUGCUAUGCGUUUUGUUCCUUGUCAUGUUUCUUGCCGGAUGGAAUGAUGCGAGUCAAGGACCUCUUCUUCCAUCUCUUCAGCUCUACUAUAAUGUUGACUAUCUUGUCAUUUCUAUAAUCUGGAUCAUGAACUUUGUAGGAUUCAUGAUUGCUGGACUUACCAACGUCCUCAUCACGGAUAGGUUUGGUUUCGGUAUAGCUGCUCCUUUUGGGGCAUCCAUGCAAGCGGUAGCAUAUGCGCUCAUUUGCUGGGGUUGUCCCUACCCAUUGUUCCUAAUCGCGUACAUAUUCAAUGGCUUUGGUUUAGGUCUGCAAGAUGCCCAAGUCAACUCUCUAACCUCGCGACUACCUAACGCGUCGACUAAAAUGUUCUUGAUGCACGCUUGGUACGGUUUCGGCGCGACAGUUUCGCCAUUCGUCUCCACCGCUUUUGUGCAGCACGUACAACAACGAGUCUAUCUCUAUUUUGCCGUGUCUUUAGGUUUGGCGAUUGUGACCAUGAUUUUUCUGAUUUCUGUUUUUCGUUUGCGAACAGAUGAUCAGGUUGUUGGUAAAAGGGAAGAGACGGACCAGAAGAGCCCAGCUAGCUCUGAUGUGCCUGCGGCUGUGAACUCGGAGGGGCAGCUCAGCGAAAAGAAGCCGAAACAGAAUAGUGGCAGUAAGAUGAAGCGAAUCAUGAAGACACCGGUGGUGCAUUGUAUGGCGUUCUACAUGGUGAUAUAUGUUGGAGUAGAAGUCACCAUCGGAGGAUGGGCUACAUCUUUCCUCAUAGACGAAAGAGGAGGUGAUGAUAACGCUGGCUAUGUGUCAGCAGGGUACUUUGGAGGCUUAACGCUAGGCCGUGUCGCCCUUAUACCCGUUUCCAACUGGCUGGGCCCUCACAUCUCGAUAUGGCUAUACACUGUGCUCUCGAUUGUCCUUUCCAUCGUCAUUUGGGUCACCCACUCUAUCGUGGGCAACGCGAUUUGCUUCUCCUUUAUUGGUGUCUUACUCGGCCCUAUGUAUCCUUUGGUCAUGAAUGUAGUGGUAGAAGUCCUACCUGGAGAGCUGCAAGGUGGAACUAUUGGCUGGAUCGCCAGUUUGGGUCAAGCGGGGAGUGCUAUCAUGCCAUUUAUUACAGGUGCCAUAUCGGAAAAACACGGCGUCUGGAUCCUUCAGCCACUGAUCAUUGCUUUCAUGUGUGCCUCCCUCCUUCUAUGGAUGUUUGUCGUACGCGCCAGCCAUCCCAAUCGAUCUUUCUGGUGUAUUCCGAGAGCUGUGACAGCUCAGCCCGACAAGGAGGGAGUACAUCAUGAAGUUCCAUUGGAGAGCAGAGUUGAGGAAAGGCGCGAAUGUGAGGAGCUCUGUGACGGCCAAGAUAAUGGUCACAUAGAGGAUCUUAAGUGGAGACGCUCCAUUAGGGAGGCCGAAGCAACGCCGACGAAGGGCUUAUGAACUGUUCUGAUCUGGAAGGUAUGUAUGUCAUAAUGUUUGGGUGGACAAUAUUCAAACGGUGUAAGCCAAUGAUGUGAGAACGGGAGCAUGCACGUAAUGCAUGUUUUUAAAGACCAAUCUAUAAGUGAUGAAUCUCCAUUC